AUGACAAAGCACUGGCCGGAGCCGAGCCCCUUGGCACCACCCGCUCUGUCCCACCACAUCGGAGAGCACCACGACCAUCAACUUGACUUCCCCAGAAAUGCGCAGCAGAGUUUUCCUAUCACCGGCGGCGUAACGUGGAGCUCUCCGGCCCAACACUGGUCUCUGCACCCGGCUCAGAUGGUUCCUCAGCAGUCGCGCUUGGAGAAGCUCUCUGCGCGCACGGAACAUCUCACCGGUGCCACGGCGUUCAUGGAUAAACCCGUGCCACCGGGUGCGUCGUACGCCAAUGCGCCAGAUGCCCAACUCAAACAGGAAACUAUUAACCGAGACUCUUGGAGCAACGAAAGGAAGAAAAGUAGGAACACUGAUGGGAAGAAAAAGAACUAUCAGCGGUAUCCAAAACCACCGUACUCGUAUCUGGCUAUGAUCGCUAUGGUCAUCCAAAGGUCCCCGGAGAAGAAACUGACAUUAUCCGAGAUCCUGAAGGAGAUCAGCACCCUCUUCCCAUUUUUUAAAGGAAACUACAAGGGCUGGCGGGACUCAGUGCGACACAACCUCUCCUCUUAUGACUGCUUUGUUAAGGUGCUAAAGGACCCAAGCAAACCUCAGGGCAAAGGCAAUUUCUGGGCAGUGGAGCUGAGCCGUGUUCCUCUGGAGCUCCUCAAGAGGCAGAACACGGCCGUGUCGCGCCAAGAUGAGACCAUCUUUGCCCAGGAUCUGGCUCCCUACAUCCUACAGGGACACAAGCCAGAAUCUGAGCCGACCCCUGACCCUGUGACCUCCAACUUUCCCAUGCGCUCCAGGAACCCCUCCCCAUCACAGGAGGACUUGUUCCGACCAAAGCUGGACUCGUCCUUCGCCAUCGACUCCCUGCUUCACAGCCUCAGGCCGACUAGUGCUUCUGGGGAUGUGGAGGUGCCUACCAGGGACUGCUGGGGGGACGUGGAGCGCCCUCUGCCUUCUCCUCCUCCAAGACCCCGCUAUGCAUCCUCUGCCCGUAGUGCCUCUGCCAGCUCGGCCAGCCCAGCUUCUACGUCUUCUUCAUCCUCUGAUGAGGAAUGGAAAGGACUGUCCUUGUCUGGGAAGCGUGUUCCCCCAGAUGGAGAAGCAGGGUCGGAUGGGUAUGAGGACUAUAGGCCGCCGCUGCACAAAUCAGCCAGACGGGAGGCUGUUGCACCACCAUGGGAGCUCCCAACAUCCUACGCCAAAUACGCUCCUCCCAAUGCUGUUGCCCCACCCAGCAUGCGGUUCAACGGCGGCCCCCUAAUGCCGCUGCAUGGCGGACUUCCCAUUUAUAGCUACGGUAGCUCCCCUGUAGCACCCGGUCACUUCUUAAGUCACGCAUAUUGGCCCAUCCUGCCCAGUGGGCGAGUCCAAGCCCCUCCCCUCAUCAUGGACCUGGACAAUAUGUUGCAGUCUGUGCCUCCAAAUAAGAGCGUGUUUGACGUCCUGGUGCCGGCCAAUCCGAACUCUCACUCGCAUCAUCAACUACCGAGUCAGUACACCCUGCAGAAUGCGCCUCCUUUAAACAGAUACCCACAGUACUGACCAACUCAAAGGCCGAUCACGCAGACAUGCACGGACGCUAAAUCACUGUGACGUGACCAUAAGUGCUGCAACUGAGUCUCAAUCGUUAAGUACAAUCUGCUCAGGGCGCUAAACUGCAGACAGAGCUAUUGUUUGGUUCAUGUUUUUGUCAAGUUGAAAAGUCAGUGUUUUAUUUCUAUUUUUUCAAGCUCAAUAUUUUUUAAAUCUACCUCAAAUACUAUACAACAACACAACUAUCUACCUCAGGUCUCGGCUCUUUGCACUGCCGAUGUUAUUUGCACUGUGUAUUUUUUUUAUGGACAUGACUUUCCUUACAGGGAUUUCUUUGAAUGUUGUCUUACCUAUUGUGACUGCUGAAUGUAUUGUUGGAUUUUAUCUUGGGUUUUACAAUCAUUUGAAAUACUGACGUUAUGGAGACGGUGCAACAAACGCAUUUCUCAGUUUAUCUUGCAAGUAUUUUCUACAGAAAAUCAGUAAAAGCUCAAUAUUGUCAUGGUUUUUUCUACCACACUCUUUGCUCCUUUGCCCAAAUGUACAGGACACGUUGUUUACUAUGUUUUCCUUGUCUUAAAUUUAUCCUAUGCAGCUAAUAUCUUAACCUCAUUGACAGCGGUGCUACAAUUUAGCUCUAUAAUUGCCUUGAGAUACUUUAACAUAGGAAAACGGUUAUUGUAGAUUCUUGUCGAUCUGUAAAAGCUGCUGCCGUCUUCCCAUGACACUGGAGACCAUCUUCUGACCGGGAUUGUGAUUCCUGUGGAUUUUUGCAAUGCCGGUUAUUUGCACUAUUUUAAUGUCACGACCAUCUUCUGAAAUCGCUUAUAAAUGUCUGCCUGUACCUCGACAGCUCAAUGUUGUCAGUUUCUUGCCAUUUUUCCCUUGUGGCCUCUUGUUGUACAGUGCUGAGCUGAGCUGAAAGGUCAGCCCAGAGAUUUGAGAGUCAAAAGAAUGUAUUGGAGUUC